GACGGUAAAGUUUUACAUCGUGUCUAAAUGCGUUCUAGAUAUUAAUAGUGCGUCGCAAUUUUUUUCAUAGGAAAAAAAAACUACAACGACGUUCUUUCCUGCACGUGUCAUGUUUUUUCUGUAUACGUUUUUCUAAAAUCGAAUAUCCUCUUUUGGAGCUCGUUUUGGGAACGUUUUGCACGAUUACAUUUUCAGAAAACAAUUUAUAGGUAUGCGUCUUUCUACACGCAAAAACCUAAAUUAAUGCGGCCCAUUUGUAUGGAUACCGACUGUACUAGUUUUUCUUUCUUUUUUGUGAGUAUUCAGAUAUCCAAGUUUUUAUCUGAACAUUGAAGGCAGCACUACGUUCGUGAUGUGGGUGGAUUGAGCCGUUGCACACUUGCAAAGUCAGUCGGUCAGAAACUGCUUCACCCGUAUUCUGCUGCUGACUCCUUCAGCUCGUUAUUUUGAACAAAAUCCAGAAUGAACAGAAUGGAAGGGUCCUUUUGCAACAUCCAGGUGCUUCUUCGCGCUGCCGAAUUCCUGGAGAGGAGAGAGCGAGAGGCAGAACACGGCUACGCUUCACUGCUGCCUCCCAGUCCGACUCUGUCUGAUAAGAGGAGCAAACAGAAGAGCAAGAAGCUAUCUGCUGGUGGAAAUCGGUCCGUGCACAACGAGCUGGAGAAAAACAGACGGGCUCAGCUGAGGCAGUGCCUGGAGCAGCUCAAGAAGCAAGUUCCUCUGGCGUCCGACUCGAUGAGGAACACCACGCUCAACUUGCUCAGGCGAGCCCAGCUGCACAUCAAGAAGCUGCAGGAGCAGGAUGAGCGCGCAGAGCAGCUAAAGGGUCGUCUGCGCGGGGAGCAGAGGGAGCUGCAGGUGCGUCUGGACCAGCUGCAGCGAGGUGCCGAGCGGAUGAGGAACGACAGCCUGGGCUCCACCAUGUCAUCAGAGAGGUCGGACUCAGACAGGGAGGAUGUAGAGGUGGAUGUAGAGAGCAUCGUGUUUGACUGCAUGGACUCUGAAGAGCCGCACAUUGCAUGCAGCGCUGCAGAUCACUGUUAUUCUACUUCGGACAAAGCCUGGCUAUGACAGCAGCUAUUAUCAUCCUCAUUCUCAUCAAGGCAGGGGCAUGGGGAGGGGAGGAGGAGAGAACAUUCCAAAAACCAAGAGGGUGAGGACAAUGAAUGAUAUUGCACAAGUGAAUGAACCAGAUUUUUUUUUUUUUUUUUUUUACAAAGGCAGUUUUUCCAACGUUGUUUGAAUGUUACAUCACAGGGGUAAUCAUGAUGUUGGUUAUGAAUGAGUUGUGUCGAUUUGGACUGAAGAGCAGUUCUCAUCACUGGGCAAGGAUGGCUGUAUCAAACAUAUCCAAAGCCAUUAAGACUCAUUCAUUUUGCAAAGGAUUUGUUAAAAAAAAAAAUCCCCCCACCCACCAAAAAAAAAUAAAAAAAUAUUUCAGACUUUUGACUUAAAUAUGCCUACACUGACGUCAGCCUUAAACUUUUUUGGUCUAUUUUUUUUUUUUUUUUAAUUGAACUUCUAAGCAUUACGGUGUGUCUCAGUAAGGCCACAUGUGGCCUGCACUUAGAACAUUAAUCUCUGCUAUGGUUUGUAUAUGCCAUGUCUUUUUUUAUUUUGCUGCACACAAACAUCUUCACAUUGCACUUGUCUUAUUCCCUAAGAGUUGUAAGUACGGUAUACUGAAAGUGAAAUAACAGGUAACGGGAAUGAUUUAUAGCACAAUCAUGACUGUGCCUGAUAUUCAUUUAGUGUAUUUGCAUUUGCUGUUAUGACGUGUGAGAGUUUUGAUGUCUGGUAGAUAGAAAGCAUCAUUUCUUGCACAGCCAUUGUUCUUCUUGAUCACUAUUAAUAACUUUAGGUAAUGAUUUUGCUGUAAUACAACUAUGUAUUAUGUUGCUCUAUAUGUAAUAACCAAAGGCACAUUUUGCCCUCACCUUUUGUAGCUGCAAAAUGCCUUACCUUGUAUGCAUUCACUCUCUCCGCCCAGUAAUAUUAUGUAGCA